AUGCUCACGCAAGGAGUACUUGCGCUGUUUGCAGCAUCCCCUGCCCUGGCAGCGACAAUUGGCGGUCGCUAUGAUUCAAGUGUUCUGAAGUAUUCCUCGCGUGCCAUUGCUAGGACAGUCCGCAAUUGCAACACGCCGGCACCUCCUACUGUUUACUUCCCCUUGAACUUUCGGUAUGGAUCGGAUCAGAAAAUCACCACCGAUCUCGUAAUACCCGGAACCAACAAGACCAUGCCGGUCUGCUUUGAUCAGGGUUCCGAGGAUUUCUGGGUAGCCGAGCCGGGCGCUGUGUUGAACUGGGGUGCUCAAUACGCCGGUCAGGUUGGCCCUUGCAAUACAUCGAUGUCACCAGUUUAUGACUACUCUGCGUCGCCCGAUGCAACAGAACCUGCCCCAUACGAUUAUUUCAACGUCUAUGGAGGAUCGUCGAAGUACGUUCUGGGAAAUGCCACCGUCGACGACACCAUGGUUUUUACGUCCGUCGCUGGCCAACAGUCUACUAUCGCAGGUAUUCGCACAGCUCUUACGAACCUCGUUAGUGUACGGCUAGAGGAUGAGAGCGGCCAUUGUGAGGUGACAGAGAGGGUUAGCAAUUACGACGUGGGAAUCCUAGGCACGGCGCCUUUUCAAAUUGGCCCUGGCCACAUAACCAACGGACCACAUGUAAGACAACAAUUUCUCGAGCAAGGCACGAUUAAGGCAGCAGUGCAGUCAAUGUGGAUGGAUGAGCGCCCACAUGGGAUUGAAGACACUUAUACCGGCGGUGCAAUCUUCGGAGGUAUCGAUCUAUCCAAGUUUACAGGGCCUCUUGUCAAGGUGAAGUCAUUCCCAAAUGUGGGGGACACUGUAGGAUAUCGCGUCGCGAAGCCCAUAUUUAGCGUCCAGGGAAAACAAAUCACCACACAGUCCGACGUGACGAGGUGCUUCAUCGACUCGGGCACUCGAAACGACGCCAUCCCAAUCGCCUUUGGUCAGGAAGAGGAGUUCUACAAGGUCACUGGCCUAGUCGAGAGCCCUACUUACCAGGCCUCUUGGCCUGGUCCGUGUGAGUCGGUUCCGUCCAAUAUAACGAUUGACAUGAGGUUCCCGGGUAAGGCGAAUGGCACAUUCGUCGACAUUAAGGUGCCACUGAAGAAUUACGUCCGAGCGGACAAUGGGGAAGAGGGACUAUGCCGCCUGAACUUGUACCCGAGCGCGGGUGACUGCACGCUCGCUGCACCUUUCAGCACUGCGGCCUUCUUUGCUGCAGACGACGAGAAUGAUGAGGUCGCUUUUGCUCAAGGUGGUAUUUCUAAAAGGGGUAGCGGGCCGGAUAAAGAUUCGAUUGUUUUGAGGAUCCCAUAG